GUCUUUCUCACUCUUCUUGUCGGAAACUCCACUCUCUAUCUCUCUCUCCUCAACUCAUCGCCGGCGUUGCUACGGAUUCUUGAUUUGAAUACUUACCCGGAGAAAAGCUUUAGUCUUUUGACGUUUCCAUGGCUAAACGAUUAGGUUUGGGGAUGAAAAGAGUAACCUUUGUCUUGUCGUGACAUUAAGUGACUUUGAAGAGACAAAUUAGGCGGCUUUUGUAGGGACACGGUACCGGAACCCUUGUUCUGUUUUUGGCAAUGGAAGUAUCAUAGCACUGUCUAUUGUCUGGUUUAUUUUUGUGAUUUUUGUAUUAACUUUUUUUUUGUUAGGGAAAAUUAGUUUUUGUGAUUAGUUAUUUUAGUGGUGGGUUUAUCAGUAAUCUGAUGAUGGAUUUGAACGGUGAGUGUAAGGGAGGAGAUGGGUUUAUUGACAGAAGCAGAGUUAGGAUUUUGCUUUGUGACAAUGAUUCCAAGAGCUUGGGAGAUGUUUUCACCCUCCUUUCACAGUGUUCUUAUCAAGUGACAUCAGUGAAGUCAGCAAGGCAGGUGAUAGAUGCACUAAACGCAGAGGGACCUGAUAUAGAUAUAAUACUUGCGGAAAUUGAUCUCCCAAUGGCGAAGGGUAUGAAGAUGCUUAGGUACAUCACACGUGACAAAGAUCUUCGGAGAAUCCCUGUCAUAAUGAUGUCGAGGCAAGACGAGGUACCUGUUGUGGUGAAGUGCUUGAAGCUAGGUGCUGCUGACUACCUUGUCAAGCCUCUUCGCACCAACGAGCUUCUCAACUUGUGGACACACAUGUGGAGAAGAAGACGCAUGCUAGGACUUGCUGAGAAGAAUAUGUUCAGCUAUGAUUUUGAUCUUGUGGGAUCUGAUCCAAGUGAUCCAAACACAAACAGUACCAACCUCUUCUCUGAUGACACUGAUGAUAGAAGCAUUAGGUCCACCAACCCGCUGAGAGGAGGUUUAAGCCAUCAGGAAAAAGAGUGUCCUGCUGCUACUGGUUCUGUUGAUGGCACAGCCACUUCAGCUCCUCCUCCAUUAAAUCAUUUUCCUGGGUCUCAUCAUGAGCCUAAUCCAGAGAAAUUUUCUUCAGUGCCAAAGAAGAGUAGAUUGAAGAUUGGAGAGUCCUCAGCUUUCUUCACAUAUGUCAAGUCUACUGUCCUGGCUACCAACUGUCAAGAUCCUCCCCAUGUCAAUGGAAACGGCUCACUUCAUCUUCACCCAGGUGUGGUUGCGGAGAAGCUUCAAGUAGUAGCCAGUGAGAUGAUCAACACCACCAAACAAACACGCAGAAGUAGAGAGACUGAGAAAAACUUACAGAAUGGCGGCGCCACGGAACUUCAUGGUAGGAGUUACCAAGAAAGGAAUCAGGUUGCUGUGAACAGAAGUAAGGAUUCAUCUCAAGUUGCCUAUCCUUACUAUAUGCAAGGGGUCAUGAACCAAGUUAUGAUGCAAUCAGCAGCCAUGAUGCCUCAGUAUAGUCAUCAUCAACAUCCUCAUUACCCACCUAAUCAUCUCAAUGGAAUGACAGGAGUUCCUUAUUACCACCACCAUCCCAUGAACACACCCUUACAGCACAAUCAAAUGUCACAGAAUGGUCAGAUGGCUAUGGUUCACCAUCAUCCGUCAUCUAACGAGGUGAGAGCGAGUAAACUUGACAGAAGAGAGGAAGCUUUGCUUAAAUUUAGACGUAAAAGGAACCAAAGGUGUUUUGAUAAGAAGAUUAGGUAUGUGAAUAGGAAGAAGCUCGCUGAGAGGAGGCCGCGUGUUAAGGGUCAGUUUGUUAGGAAAAUGAACGGGGUGAAUGUUGACUUAAAUGGGCAGCCUGACUAUGAUGACGAGGAAGAGGAGGAGGAUGAAGAGGAAGAGGAGAAUAGGGACUCAUCUCCUCAGGAUGAUGCUCAGGGAACUUGAGAAACAUUGAGAACUGAAACCUUAUGUGGGUGUGGUUUAGUAAGUUGAUAAACAUAAGAUGUGUUUGAUCAUGUUCACUCACAUUCAGGAAGAUGUGUAAACCUUUCUCUCCUUCCAGCAGCAUUUCCAUGAAUCUUGUUUUUUACUUUGUAUCCUCUUCCUUUUUAACAUGUAUAAUAAUUACUCCAUGGAAAGGUAAAAGAGACUUAUGUUCCAUAA